AAUUCUUCUGCACGGAUGGGACGCUGAAGCCUCACCUGCGCGGACAUGAACUUUACAAUUUACGCCAGUUAGGCUCCUGUGUACGGUCGGAACCGUGAGGAAUGAACUGGGCAGUUUAGUACUAUGACUAAGAGAUUAUUGUGAUAGGUUAGCUAUUGCAUUUGCGUGGUUUUGUCAGAGAACUGAGCAACUUGUCAGCAUUCUAUUCUACGCUGGCUGAAACGAGAUGACGCGUGUUCCGACAACAGAAUGCUCAACAUCAGCGCGUGCUACUAUGUAGGCUAACUUUUAACAUGUUGAGGUUACUUAGUCGCUUUGAGUUCUUUUAAAACUAUUUGCGCUCGGUUGCUGCCUUUCAUCAAACCUUACAUGAAUCUAUCACAAAAACCUGUGGAUUGUUCGGAAAUGACAUUAGCAAGUGCAACUAUCUAAUUCUUUCUCCGUCGCUUUUAGUUCUUGGACCAUUCGAUGGUUAACUAUUCCGAUGUCAUUGGAUGACUUUACCACUCUGUGCGGUUCAUUUUGUAAACAGUUCUGCAAAGUACCAGCGGACAGAGAGAUGCGGGCUGUGGGGAGAAACUGCUAAAAGGUUAACACAAGAGGAGGAAACUGUCACGUCGGCUUGUCCUUGUAUUUUAUCUUCCGAAAAAGCUUGCGCACACUCCUCAAACAACUAAUCCUUUCUUGGAAAGCUGGGCACGACCGCCUGGCGCACUUGUCAAAAAUAAUUCACAGUGAAUGAAUCAAAAUGUCGGCUAUCACAGCGGCUGAGAAAGUGGAUGGCUUCACGCGAAAGUCAAUGAGAAAGGCCCAGAAACAGAAGAAAUCCCAAGGCUCGUCUACGUAUCGGACAGCGGGUACCGCCGUUGAGCUUUCACCUCUUCCUCAGCUCAAAGACGCGCCCUCCACUGAGCAACAGGAGCUGUUUGUCCAGAAGCUGCAGCAGUGCUGCGUGCUGUUCGACUUCAUGGACUCGGUGGUAGAGCUGAAGAGCAAGGAGGUCAAGCGGGCCGUGCUGACCGAGCUGGUGGACUACGUCUCCACCAACCGCGGCGUGCUCACCGAGCAGUCCUACCCCGACAUCACACACAUGAUCACCACCAACAUCUUCCGGACUCUUCCUCCGAGUGACAACCCCGACUUCGAUCCGGAAGAGGACGAGCCUACUCUGGAGGCUGCCUGGCCACACAUACAGUUGGUGUACGAGUUCAUGCUACGGUUCCUGGAGAACCCCGACUUCCAGCCCAGUAUCGCCAAGAGAUAUAUCGACCAGAAGUUUGUGCUGCAGUUGCUGGAGCUGUUUGACAGUGAGGACCCUCGUGAGCGUGACUUCCUGAAGACGGUGCUCCACCGCAUCUACGGCAAGUUCCUGGGCCUGCGCGCCUUCAUCCGCAAGCAGAUCAACAACAUCUUUCUGCGGUUCAUCUAUGAGACGGAACACUUCAAUGGAGUGGCGGAACUCCUGGAGAUCCUGGGAAGCAUCAUCAAUGGGUUUGCGUUGCCCCUGAAGGCCGAGCACAAGCAGUUCCUGACCAAGGUGCUGAUCCCCCUGCACACCGCCAAGGCCCUCGCUCUCUUCCACGCACAGCUCGCCUACUGUGUGGUGCAGUUCCUGGAGAAAGACCCAACCCUUACGGAACCAGUCAUCCGAGGCCUUCUGAAGUACUGGCCCAAGACAUGUAGCCAGAAAGAGGUGAUGUUCCUGGGGGAGAUAGAGGAGAUCCUAGAUGUGAUUGAGCCCACCCAGUUCAAGAAGGUGCAGGAGCCGCUCUUCAGACAGAUCUCCAGAUGCGUGGCCAACCCACACUUCCAGGUAGCGGAGCGUGCGCUGUACUUCUGGAAUAACGAGUACAUAUUGAGCAUGAUCGAGGAGAACAUCGACAAGAUCCUACCCAUCAUGUUCGGAAGCCUGUACCGCAUCUCCAAAGAACACUGGAACCCGACGAUUGUAGCGCUGGUGUACAACGUGCUGAAGACCCUGAUGGAGCUGAACAGCACCCUGUUUGAUGAGCUCACCGCCUCCUACAAAGCAGACCGCCAGAAAGAGAAGAAGAAGGAUCAGGAGAGGGAGGAGCUGUGGAAGAAACUCGACGAGCUCCAUCUUAGCGGCACGCCGAAUAACUGCCUCGCCCUGCCCAACGCACACAACAACAACAACAGUAACAACAACAACAACAACAAUAACAGCAGCAGCAACAACAGUAGUAGUAGCAGCAAUCACCAUGACAACAAGAAUGCCACCUCACACGAGCCCAAUGCCAGCCUGUCGCCAGAUUCCAAAUGACAUCACAAGCCCUCGUCAUUCUGUAGUCAUCGUCAAAACCGCUCUACCCUGCCAGGCUGAGAUUGGUAUAUUUCUCUAUUAUGGAAGUGGGGAUUUUUUGUUUUGUUUUGUUUUUGGGGUUUUUUUGGGAACAGAAGAGAAAGGAAUAAAUAUAUAUAUAUAUAUAUUUAGAAAAUAAAAGAUUAAGCAAACGUUGGCAAAAGGUUGCGUUGGAAACCUCAGCAGUAUAAUAAUAAUAAUAAUAAUGAUGAAAGAAAAUCUGUAUAGAACUACUUCAGUUUUGCCAGCGUGCUUGGCAAAGAAAUUGUAUUUCAAGAACUUUUAAGACUAUUUUUGGAUGUUUUAACGUGUGGCCACAGUAUGUACUAUGAAACUUAACUUUUAUUUUUUUGGUCUGAUCAAACAAACAAACAAACAAACAAACAAAAAAAGAUUUAUCCUUUCACAUCUAGUUUCUUAUCUGAGAAAUGAAAUGAACUUUUGUGAUGUUUAAAUGUGUUAAAUGUAGGAGGAUACGUGGGAAAGAUAAAAGACUUGAAAAAACAAAUCUAUAUAAGUUUCCGAUUGUGCUGCACUUAGACAGACUCCAUAAAUGGCUAUUUUAAAGACGUGUCUAUUUUAUAUGUAUUUCACCCUCCUCUUCACUGCUGCCAAUACUGGGGUAUAUUUUCUUCUGUCAGGAGAGGUGUGUGUGUGUGUGUGUGUGUGUGUGUGUGUGUGUGUGUGUGUGUGUGUGUGUGUGUGUGUGUGUGUGUGUGUGUGUGUGUGUGCGUGUGCGUGCGUGCGUGUGUGUUUGGUUUGCGUGUGUGUGUGUCGGUACACACAUCAGUGUGUAUUAGAGUGUUUGUGUGUUUAAUAUUUGUUUAUAUAAUGUGAGUGAGAUGCAUCGUGAUGAUUGAUCAAUGCUUCGAGGAUGUGUGUGUGUUUGGGGGGCGGGGUGGGGGUGUGUGACAGGAUUAACACUGAGACACUGCUGGGAAAACUACCCUGAGACUGUGUGUGUGUGUGUGUAAAUGUGUGUGUGUGUGUUUGUGUGUGUGUGUGUGUGUGUGUGUGUGUGUGUGUGUGUGUGUGUGCGUGCGUGCGUGCCCAUGCGUGCAGACAUGGACUAUUUAAAGUAUUAUAGCCCAGCUAGAGAUUAUGCCCAGCUAGCGGUGCCCAGAUAGCGGUGCCCAGUGAGCAACAUGGAUGUACAGCACUGUACCAGUAGACCAGCUGACAUAUUUUUCCUGAAAUUUCUACUAACAAAGAAAACAGGUGGUGGUGAGAGGACCGAGAUGAGCCAUAUAUACAUGCACACAUACAUACAUGCAUACAUACAAUAUAUUUCCCAGAGUGUCAUUUUAAAUAAGGAAUAUAAUUAUUAUUUUUUUAAAAGCAGAUGUUUAAUUAAAAUGCUGCACGGUUCCAGAUGGGGGCGCUGCUGAGUGGCAAAGUCGGUGUGAAGCGUAGUAGAGGCCUUUAGGGGACGUUUGGAUCCCAAAUGACGUCCCUGAAGCUGAUACACAGGUGGCGGUAGCCAGUGUUGCCAGAUUGGGCGGGUGCCCACCCCAUUGGGCUACUUGGGACGAGCAUCUAAUUUAGUCUGGCCUCGAUGCAUAAUACAUCCGAAGAUUGUUGAUGAGAACAACCUUCCCUCAAAACUCUGCCCGCUUUGAUUCAAAACACAUCUUUGCGUUGUAAUUGGUUUGCCAGAUUCAUGGCAUUCUGGCUUCAUUGAAUCAUUAUGCGAGGCCAGACCCACCCGUAGACAAAACAUUUUGCCGUCCAGCGGGUGGCGCUGGUUCACCAGGCUAGUCAUUUGGUGUUUUUUUCGGCCGAUUUGGGUCCAUAGAAAUCAAUGCAAUUCGUUACAUUUGGGCGGAAUUUAGCGCAUUUUGGCAGUUUUUGAGAACCUUUUGGGCGGGAUUUGGUCAGACACAUCUGGCAACACUGGUGGUAGCCUAUACAGUAUAGUACAGCAUGGAGCCUCCUGUUUUGACCCCUUGCCCCAUGUGCACAGGGCUGACCUGGCCCUCUGGCAUAGCGGGCAUUUCUCGGUGGUCCCCGCACCCUCGUGGGCCCCUAUUUUCAA